AUGAGCAAGGCCAAGCGCGAGGAGUGGGUCUACAAGGCGCAGACGGGUCUAGACCAGAAGAACGAGGCGCUCGAGACAGUAGUCCAGGAGUCCCGAGAAGCGGUGCAGGCAGCGCGCAUGAGCAUUCAGAAGCUGCCGUUUGACCACCUCUUGAAAGAGACGACGGAAGGUCUGAAGUGUGCGGUCGUGGGCAUUGGAGAGUUUGCCAAGGAGGUGGUGGUCGAGAAUAAGAAUAUGGCACGGGUCCAUUUAAGUUUAGUGACUUUUGUUUGUAUGCAUUUACGUUACAAUUUGUGGGAUACGAGGUAUUUUGUACAGCUUGGCUGGGUGUGUACGCAUCAAAGAAUGGGUGUACCCGUUAGUUUCCUAGAAAUAUUGUGUCUUUUGAACAUUGCUGGUCGUGAGGAUAAAAAUGUGUAG